GUAUAAGUAUAAUGUGUGCAAGUACUGUCGCCGUGCUGCUGGUGUCACUAUUUUUCGUGCUGAUCAAUUGUCGUGCCACAGAAUCAUUUGAUGCACUAUCGCCAGAAGCUCUAACAAGCUCGCAGACUGUGAAAGGUAACUUCAUCAAUCUUCGUGCGAAACGGUCUGCAGAACGGUAUUGUCUUACUCCAGGAUGCAUUCACUCAGCUUCAAAAAUCUUAAAACGGAUGGACCUUAGUGUAAAUCCAUGUGAUGAUUUCUACGCAUACGCCUGCGGUCAGUUUGUGAACGAAACCAAUAUUCCCGACGACAAGGUCGCGAUUAACACUUUUUCACUCAUGAGAGACCAGCUUAAGCAACAGUUGCGAUCCCUUGUAAGUGAAGAAGUCGAUACUCAUGAAGCAAAUCCAUUCAAAAUAGUCAGGCAAUUGUUCAGAAAAUGCAUAAAUAAGGCCUAUAUUGAAGAUAUCGGCACUGCGCCUUUGUUGGACAUUUUGGACCGCAUGGGCGGCUGGCCAGUACUGAAAGGGGGAGGAUGGAAAGCUGACUCUUGGUCGUGGGAGAAGUCGGUUGAAAAAUGUCGUCAACAUGGAUACAGUGUUAACUACAUUAUGUCAUUUUCUGUUGGCAGCGAUUCGAAAAAUACCUCUUACAGAACCAUUCAGGUGGAUCAAGCUAGUUUGAGUGUUAAUCGUGAAUAUCUCAUUAAAGGACUAAGCCAUCCAAUCGUAUCUGCCUACUACAACUAUAUGGUCGACAUCGCUGUCCUACUGGGUGCAAAUGAAAAUCGUGCUAAACAUGAACUUCUGGAAGCACUCGAAUUUCAAAUUGCACUAGCGAAUAUUUCAUUGCCGAAAGAACAACGCCGUAACAUCACAAUCCUGUACAAUCCUAUGACAAUAAGAGAUUUUCAGCAUACAUAUCCAUACACCAACUGGACCCUAUACUUCAACACAAUUUUGCAAGGUACGGGGCUAUCCUUGGGAGAACAAGAAAUAAUCAAUGUCGACGUCCCGUCGUACAUGGACCAGCUGGGACCACUACUCCAAAGAACCUCAAAAAGAACUUUGGCAAACUAUGUGAUGUGGCGAGUAAGUGUAUCUUCGAUAUUUGCUCUUACGGAUGUCCUUCGUAAGCGACAGUUGAAAUACAGUACAGUGGUCACGGGGAAGCAAGAUCUGGAGCCACGAUGGAAGGAAUGUGUAGAUAUUGUAGCCGAUGGCCUGCCUAUCUCGGUUGGGGCUCUGUAUAUUAAGAAACAUUUUAGAGAAGAAUCAAAACUUACCGCCUUGGACAUGGUUAGUGACAUAAAGGCGGCAUUCGUUGAUAUACUGCGGAAAGUGGAUUGGAUGGACGAAAUUACACGUCAGUCUGCACUAGACAAAGUAGCAUCGAUGGUCACCCACAUUGGUUAUCCCGAUGAGCUGUUGGAUAUUGCCAAAAUAACAGAGUAUUACCAAGACCUGCAGUUUGAUUCGAACGACAAUUAUUUGCAAACCAUACUUCAUUUGAACAAAUUUCAUGCCACCAAAGCAUUCCAAAAGCUUCGCCUGCCAGUUAACAAAACCGACUGGAUACGACAUUCCAGACCAGCAAUCGUGAAUGCAUUCUACUCUCCUGUUGAAAAUAGUAUUCAGUUCCCAGCUGGCAUCCUGCAGGGUCACUUCUUCGCCUACGAUCGUCCAAAAUAUUUAAACUACGGAGCCAUUGGCUGGGUUAUAGGACAUGAAAUUACGCAUGGAUUUGACGAUAAAGGUAGACAGUUUGACAAAAAUGGAAAUCUACAUGAUUGGUGGCAGCCGAGUACUAAAAAAGCGUAUUUAGAAAAGGCACGGUGUAUUAUUGAACAAUACGGAAAUUACAUGGAGCCAAGCGUAAAACUAAACCUAAACGGUGUCAGUACUCAAGGAGAGAAUAUUGCUGAUAACGGUGGCAUCAAGGAAGCAUACCAUGCCUACCAAAAGUGGACAAGAAAGUAUGGAGCAGAACCGCAACUUCCGGGACUAGAAUUGCGUCCGGAGCAAAUGUUUUGGAUAUCGGCUGCCCAAACGUGGUGUUCGGUGUAUCGGCCGGAAACUUUAAGCAAGAGAAUAACUACCGGUGUUCACGCACCGGGUCGAUUUCGAGUGACCGGUCCUUUCAGUAAUAUGGUUGAGUUCGCGAAGGAUUUUCACUGCCCUACAGGAGCGCAGAUGAAUCCAGCGCAAAAGUGCGAAGUUUGGUGAAUGAGAGAGAAAUUAGAUAGACAUUUUGUAUUAGUACGG